AUGUCCUACUUCCUUGGCAUGGAAGUGUUUCAAACUCAGCAAGGGAUUUUUUUAAGCCAGAAGGAAUUUACCUUGAAGAUUCUGAACAAGUUCUCCAUGCUGAAUUGUAAAGCAACAAGCACACCAGUUGCUGUUGGAGAAAAGCUAACCAGCCAAGGAGAUCUCGAUAGAGUAGUUAAGUCAUCUAAUAGAAGCCUGGUGGGAUGUCUAUUGUAUUUGACAGCCACUAGACCAGACAUCAUGUUUGUUGUGAGUCUACUAUCUAGAUUCAUGCAUUGUUGUAGUGUAAAGCAUUUUCAGGCUGCCAAAAGAGUUCUCAAGUACAUCAAAGGUACACUGAGCUUUAGAAUGAUGUACACCAAGGUUGAUAGCAUGAAGCUACUUGGUUAUGUUGAUAGUGAUUAG